AUUCAAGAUGUCAUAUGCAAAUCUAAAAUAUCCAAAAUGCUACCUAUAAUUUAUUUCUAAGAUGUUUCUAAGAAUAUUGAUAGAUGUAUUCUUAUAGUACAGUACAGCAACUUACAAGGUUUGCAAUGGGAUGAACUUAAAACUGAAAACAGGUAUAUCUGAGUCGGGAUAUGACUAAGAUUCGAAUUAGAUCUCUACAUGAUGGUGAUCAAGUGUAGGUACCUAGGUAACUGUCUUUGGUACUUUAUUAGGUAUCUAGUGCCUACCCUACAUUUGAUGGAUCAUCAAGUAUAAGUAGGCUUCUACACUUGGUGGAAGUCUAACCAGGAUCCAGGGCAAAUGAUGUCCUAUUAGCAUGCUCUAGUAGGUACCUAUACUUAGCAAGUUCGCUGUCCUCUAACGCCCACGUGCCACGUGUCAACGCACGUGGUAGGUAAUCAGACAAGUCAAAAGUCAGAUAUCACUAUUUUUAGUCAGUCAGACCCUGACAAGGCCACUGUGUUCUAAGAGAACAGAGAAUCAGAAAUAAAAAAGUUGGAUUUUGCGAAAGUCUUGUAACAUCAUUGGAUACGGAAACAGAGGGCCGGUCAUUGUCGCCGUGCUUGGCAUGAGUCCAAAUGUGAGAUCAUUAUGGGACGGAUGCGAUGAUAAAUGUAGGUACGAACUUCUUACAUUAGUUCAAACGUGGGAACUUAGUACGUAGUUUGUACUCGGCAAACGAAAGUCAGAUGGUCUGAAAAGUCUAAAGUUCGUUGGCUUGCUAAAAUAGUCGUUUCAUCAUCAAUUUCUAAAUUUAAAAUGAAUAUCUAUAAAGAGAGAUUAGUAUCCAACUACCUACGUAGGUAUACAUAUACAAUAUCUAUAUCCAUUCUAUUUUGAAUCUAAAUAAUUAAACAAUUACAGGAACAACUUAGGUUUCUAGCGGAAACUAAUGUUUACUUAGAAUUUUCAUCAGUUUCGGCAAAUCGGCACGAAUCGUUUUCGACAGCUCCGUAACAUGUCAUUAGUCUUUCAGUUAAAGCUUUAGGUACUCUGAAAAACAAGUAGGUUAUAACAGGUACCUGAUUUAUUAUAAUUUUCCUGUAGGUAACCUGGCAAAGCCUUAAGAAUUUCAAAGCAAUGCAUUGUGGAUGAUCAGUUACAAACUUUGGUACCUAUUAAUACUUUGAAGUUUAACCUAAUUUUACCUACAUAAAGUUACCUGUAAGUAGGUAAGUGAUGUAAAGUAAACAGGAAAUAGAACCAAGUAGGUUAGUCUUCGGAAAAAUUAAAAUUUUAUGACAUUCAACGCGAUCCCGUAAAACAGUUACGGUAUAUUGGCAUAGUUCCCAAUUUAUAGGAAGGUUUGUAAUUAAUAACAGCCUACAUGACGGCGCAUGAAACUUUUAUUUGUGGUGAUUAGCUGUUGCCCCAGCGACCGCCCAAAGCGAAGGCUGUAUUUUGACCAGAGUUCAGUCCACGUGAGGUGACGCGGGCGGAGAACGUUUGACUUCGCCGUCUCCAUUCGACACCCUGACAUUACUCAAAAAUAAAAAGAACCCGUAGUAUUUGUAGAAGAUAUUUUUAUCCGCAUGUGUCCUUAAUAAUAAAUUUAUUGGUUCGUGUGGAUAAUAGUGUGCACUGUUUACUUUACGAUUAACUUUUUCAAGUGUAGGGAAUAUUUGAGGUAGACAGUCAAGCACAGCAGAGCUGGGUCGUCAGUGUGCUUGGAUGCGUGUGAGUAAAAGAAGUGAUGCCAUGACUCAGAGCACCGUGGCUGCCUCAGAGAGAUCACAUGGCAGCAUCCGCACUGUCUCCGAAGAGAAACUUAUGGUGGCGGUGCGCGUGCGCCCGCAGCGAGCUGAUGAAGGUCCCCGGAUCGUGCACGUGGUCAGCGAUAAGAUGCUGGUUUUGGAGGAGGAGGCGGACAGUCGCCGAGAUGUGCUACGUCAGCGGCGGCUUAACGACAAACAUUACGUGUAUGACCGAGUAUUUGGCGAAGGCAGCACACAAGAAGAUGUGUACGAGGCUGUAUGUGCACCCCUAGUGGGUGAUACGUUAAAAGGAUUUGCUGGGGCCGUCUUCGCAUACGGAGCAACUGGUGCUGGCAAAACAUAUACCAUGACUGGCCUGAUGUCCCGAGCUCUUAGUCAUCUCUUCGCCAGCAUCGCCGAGAGCGAACAGCCGGAUUCUUAUGAGGUGAAAAUGUCAUACAUUGAGAUUUACAAUGAGAUCAUACGGGACCUGUUGAAUCCGAGUGCUGGGCCCCUGGAGCUGCGAGAUGAGGGUGGUAGCGGGGCCCCUGUGGUCGCUGGCUUGAGUGAGCUGAAGGCGAACAGCGCUGCUCACGUCGCAGAGCUGCUUGCAAGGGGGGACCGAUCUCGGACUGCAGAGCCUACGCAUGCAAACCAACAUUCUUCCAGGGGACAUGCCCUUCUCAGUGUAACAGUCAGCCAACAAGUAGAGAAGGGAACCCAACGUGGUCGUCUUUUCCUCAUUGACUUGGCGGGAUCGGAGCGUGCAGGUUUACGUGCAAGGCGGCUAGAGGGCGCGCACAUCAAUCGGUCGCUUUUAGCUCUAGGGAACUGCAUCAUGGCUCUUUCGGGUGGUGCAAGGUAUGUGAACUACCGCGACUCGAAGUUGACACGUCUUCUCCGUGAGGUGCUGGGAGGGCGCUGCCGUACCGCCAUGGUGGCGCACGUGGCGCCCGGCGCAGCGCAUCGCGACACCACGCGGUCUACUCUACACUAUGCACAGAAGGCAUCUUCUAUCACCAAUAAGGUGGAACGUGAAUUGGUGGAGACGCCGAUGCCUCUGUCGCAGUACCGGACGGUCAUCAACGAGCUGCGCGAGGAAAUCGCUCGACUGAAACUUAAGAUGAAGGACGAUAGAACAAUUAAACCGGGAUUCGCAAGAGUCCAAGAAGAGGAGAUUAGCAAGGAAGACGCAGCAGAAAACGCAGCCCAUUUAAAAUCUUUACGAGAAGCCAUUGUAUCCACAUUCAAACAACAAAUGCGUUUACGAAGAAGGUUGAUGGAGUUAGACAGUCACUUACUAGGGUUAGCGUUAGAUGCGGAGAGGCAACACGCUGCCAUCUCGCAUUGGGAGGCCAGGUUCAAUCGCCUCUACAAACCGAUCAACAUGCCUGGCUCCAGAUUAAGCACCCAACAAAGUUACAGGGGCGGCACUGGGUUAUCAUCGAGCAGUAGUGAGCGAGCUGAAGCUGAGGUGGCAGUGGAACAGGCGUGGGCUGAACUAGCUGCUGUCGAGAGGGAACAGGAGUCAGCUCGAACUGAGAGGGAACGCGUUGAAAGACAACUAGAACAGGUCCGCCUGAGAGGAGCGCAGUUGGAACAGGAAUUGCCCGCUACAAUAAGCAGUGGACCAGAACGAGAAGUGUUAGCCUUAGUAUGUCGUGUGCACGAAUUGGAAGCCGACAAGUUAGCCCUGCAAGGAGAACGAGCUGCAAGAGCUCAUGAGUUGCGGAGACGGGACCUGGCACUUCAGCGGCGAGACGCACAAAGGAGAUUAUCUGAUGAGAUAAUUACAAGACAGCGGCGUGCACUGCAAGAUGUAGGCGUCGGUGUGCCGCCUGAGUUGGCCCAGCUGUAUGAGUUAUAUCAGCAAGAGAUACACGCUUCCACUUACACGGAGAGCAAUGACAUCUUCACUCCUCCUUACCGUCUGCCACCUAUAUCAACCAGUAUGUCUGAGCUGACGUGGUCGGAGAGUUCGAGUGGAUCGGGCCGAGGGUCGAGCUCAGGUUCUGGCGGUACACUGAUGUACGACUAUCGUCUGCCACGCCUCGCACCCACACCGAGGCCUCGAACAAGAUAUAGUCAAGCCAGUGCAUCAGCUUUGAAGCGCUACGCGAGUGACGAGAGCCUGGUGACAGCAGCACAUCGUGGAGACGACGAGCCAGCACCCUGACUUCCUCUUCAGCUUAAUCUGGUCUAGUUUCGUGUGAUCUAUAGUGAUCUUUCGCCAGAAAUUCUUGGCACUGUUUUAAGGGCAUUUUUCUGAAGCCAAAGUUGACUACUUGAGCUUGAAUGACGUUAACAAGAAGUGUAUUUAAAUGUAUUUCAUUGUUAGGGCCUGUGUAGAUGAGGAUAUACUGAGGAUAAAAAUAAUUUAGGAUUGCCUAAAAAAAAUUACCGAGAACUUUACUGAAUUGCAUCAAGAGGGUGUUCUGGGUCUUCUUUGAGAGUUAUUCAGUUAUUACGAGUAUGUAUUAUGUACAAAGUUUAUAAAACAUCUAUAUAUUUCAAAAGUACCCAAUGGAAAGUCCUAGUCACAGGCCUAUAGAAUCCUUUUCGUUUGUUUGGUUCAUUGAUACUUGAUUUUGGCUUUACAUGAUGCCAUUUAAGGUUGUAGACAUUUGAUGUGAACGGUCUAACACGUGGUAACUGGUAACUACACAAGUUGAUGUUGCGUUUAGAUCACAUUAGUGGUGUUGUGGAUUUAUCGUGGUCGGUUUGAUCAGUUCGAGCUUGUUUUCCGAGUAAGAUAUUGUGAGUUUGUUUUCUAAAGUAUCCAAUAAAUAUAGCUAUUUGUUUGGUA